AUGCAAGCUCUAGUGAGGCACAAGCUUAGGCUCUUCAAUUCCAAUUUCAAUUCUCUCUUUAGACUUUCAUCAUCAUCCUAUUUACAUUCUUCUUCCGCUCCGCUAAACUCACCAGCAUCUUCUUCCACCGCCACCAACUCGUUCAUCGCUCCAUGGUCCAUCAUUCAACGACGGGGAAACAGAGUCUUCGCUUCUGAUAUUAGAGUCGGAAAUACCAUUGGAAAACAAGGGCGAAUAUACGAGGUUCUUAAAGUUGAUCACUCUCAAGAAGGAAGAGGAAAAGCCACAAUCAAGGUGGAACUUCGUGACGUUCUCCAGGGAACCAAGGUUACCCAAAGACUGGGCACUAAUGAGGAUUUUGAAAAGGCCUAUGUUCAGGAAAAGACUUUCAUGUACAUGUGCACGGAUCAAGAUGGAACUGUAGUAUUAAUGGACAAUGACACGUUGGAUCAAAUCGAAGUUUCCAAAGACUUGUUUGGCAAGAAUUCUUUAUAUAUAAAAGAUGAAAUGAAAGUUAAGGUACAGUUUUAUGACGACAAACCUAUAUCUGCAUCAGUUCCAAAACGCGUAAUAUGUACUGUCAAGGAAGUGAUUGCAGCCACUCCAAGGAAUAAAAAGGUGAUACUGGACAAUGGCCCUACAAUUGAAGUUCCGCCUCACAUUGUAGCUGGUGAUGCCAUUCUUGUAAAUACUGAGGACGACUGUUACAUUGAAAGGGCAAAGGCAUAA